UUUGGGCUAGUCCUGGUAUCUGCCCAUCUUCUACAGCCUCUCUGGGGGCAGCCAUGAAGUCCUUGGUCCUGCUUCUUUGUUUUGCUCAGCUCUGGGGCUGUCAAUCAGCUCCACAUGCUACGGGAAUGGGCUUUAGAGAAGUGGCUUGUGAUGACCCAGAUGCAGAGCAAGCAGCUUUGACGGCCGUGGACUACCUCAAUCAACAUCUUCAACACGGAUUCAAGCACACCUUGAAUCAGGUUGACAAAGUCAAGGUGUGGCCUCGGCGGCCCUUCGGGGAAGUGUUUGAGUUGGAAUUAGACACGCUGGAGACCACCUGCCAUGUUCUGGACCCCACUCCCCUGGCCAAUUGUUCUGUGAGGCAGCUGGUCGAUCAUGCGGUGGAGGGAGACUGUGACUUCCACGUUCUGAAACAAGACGGCCAGUUCUCUGUGAUGCACGCCCAGUGCCACUCCAAUCCAGACUCUGCAGAGGAUGUGCGAAAGGUGUGCCCAAAUUGUGGACUGCUGGCUUCGUUCAAUGACUCCAGCGUGGUGAAUACUGUCAACGCUGCCCUGAAUGCCUUCAAUGCACAGAAUAACGGAAGCUAUUUUAAACUGGUGGAGGUUUCCCGGGCUCAAAAUACGCCUCCCCCAGUUUCUACUUUUGUGGAGUUUGUGGUAGCUGCUACCGACUGCACUGCUCAAGGGGUCACGGAUCCAGCCAAGUGUAACCUGCUGGCAGAAAAGCAAUAUGGCUUCUGCAAGGCAAGUCUUGUCAAAAAGCUUGAUGACGAAGAGCUUUCAGUGGCCUGCAAAGUUUUCCAAAAACAGCCACAGCCAGCCAGUGUCGACGCAGCAGGUCCUGCACCCGCAGUGGACCAAGCUGCACCCCCAGCCCCACCAGCUAACCCACCAGCAUCUCUAGUGGUGGCGGUUCCUCCAGGACCUCCAGCCCACCGAACCCACCAUGACCUGCGCCAUGCCUUCUCACCUGUGGCCUCCGUGGAGUCGGCCUCAGGAGAGGUUGUUAACCUGCCUAAGGUGGUCCACUCUGGCCCUGCAGGUGCUGCUGAUCCAGCAGUCCGCCCGUGCCCAGGCAGGGUGAGACACUUCCGUAUCUAGGCUAGGCUCAGUGAAGUAAGGUUUCGGUAGAGAGGACAUAGCCGCUAUUUUGCCCAAGACUGGACAUGAGGCUGGGAGCUUGUCCCCUGACAAAACAAGUGCCACCUCACAGCUUGAAUCUCAGUGUUCUUCGUUCCUCAGAGAACGGGGCAGAGAAGGGAUGGCCAUAUUUGAGGAAAGGCACAAUGGCCACUGUUGUGAUGACAAAUGUCUGCCACUGUUUCUCUGCCUUCUCACUGACCUCAUAGAAAAUGGUUGCAACUGUGACUCGGAAAGGUGCUCUUGCCAAUCUUAUAUACACCCAUGAAUAAAAG